GACGCACACCUAAAGAGUCAACAGCAAAUAGACAUAUUUCUAUGCAAUCGUCUAUGCACAAAUUUGAAGAGUUGAAUGAAUGUGAAGUGAAUAGCAAGAACCGCCACCAGCAAUCAAUCCAGUUAAUUUUGUGGGACCACCGCCAAUGGGUACACCACCAAUAAUUCCACCACCGUUAUUGCCGCCGGCAAUGGGUGCAUUUCCUGUGCCCCCCAUACUACCGCCUUUUAAUGUACCACCACCAGGUGUUGGAUCAUUCCCUGCAACUGCAACGACAAUUCCAGAAACUAUGACUACAACUCCCUUACCUAUUGAUAACAAUGUUGCACCACCUACGUUAUGGACGGAGCAUAAAGCACCCGAUGGUAGAACCUAUUAUUAUAAUUCACAAACAAAAGAAAGCUCAUGGGAAAAGCCAGAUGCAUUAAAAACUCCAGCAGAGUUACUUCUAUCACAAUGUCCUUGGAAGGAAUAUACCAGCGAUAAUGGUAAAAUCUAUUAUCAUAAUAUGACUACGAAAGAAUCUCGUUGGGUCAUUCCACCGGAAUUAGAAGAAAUUAAGAAACGUAUUGCUGCUGAAGAAAAAUUAUCGGCUCCAAAAGAAAAUAUAGCAUUAAAUUCAACUACACCAGCAGUACCGAAUACAUUAACGAAUAAUAGUAAAUCAUCAGCUCUUGAAUCAGCAAUGGCAGCCACUCUUGCAGCUAUUGCCAUUCCCGCACCCCCUGUAAAACAGGAAGAUGAACCUCAAAGUACACAAAACAUAAUUCAACCAGAAGAAAAUAAUAAAUCUGCUACACCCGAACCAAAAAUUGAGUUCAAAGAUAAAAAAGAAGCAAUGGAAGCAUUCAAAGAAUUAUUAAAAGAGAAAAAUGUCCCAUCCAGUGCUACAUGGGAUCAAUGUGUACGAUUAAUCGGUUCAGAUCCACGAUACGUAACAUUAAAACGUUUAAAUGAAAAGAAACAAAUUUUUAACGCAUAUAAAACACAGAAACAAAAAGAAGAACGUGAAGAACAACGUUUAAAAGCAAAACAAGCUAAAGAAGCGUUAGAAAAGUUUUUAUUAAAUCAUGAUCAAGUUACAUCACAUACGAAGUAUUAUCGUUUAGAUGAAAUGUUUGCAAAUUUAGAAAUAUGGCGUUGUGUACCAGAUUCAGAUCGACGUGAUAUCUAUGAUGAUGUACUAUUUUCAUUAGCGAAACGUGAGAAAGAAGAGGCGAAAGCAUUAAAACGUAGAAAUAUGAAAAAAUUAGCUGAAGUUUUGGAUAAUAUGACUGAUGUCACGUUUCAAACAACAUGGACGGAAGCGCAAGCGUUGUUAUUAGAAAAUGAAACGUUUAAACAUGAUGUGGAUUUAUUAGCUAUGGAUAAAGAAGAUGCAUUAGUUGUAUUCCAAGAACAUAUUCGUGUACUUGAAAAAGAUGACGCCGAUGAACGUGAGAGAGAGAAAAAAAGACACAAACGACAAGCUCGAAAGAAUCGAGAUAAUUUUUUGGCUCUUUUAGAUUUAUUACACGAAGAGGGUAAAUUAACGUCAAUGUCCUUGUGGGUAGAAUUAUAUCCAACAAUAUCAGCGGAUUUACGAUUUAGUGCAAUGUUAGGACAAACGGGAUCAACACCACUUGAUUUAUUUAAAUUUUAUGUGGAAGACUUGAAAGCACGUUUUCAUGAUGAGAAAAAAAUUAUUAAAGACAUUUUAAAAGAGAAAGGCUUUGAAGUGAAAGUAAAUACAACAUUCGAAGAUUUUGCUACAGUUGUUUGCGAGGAUAAAAAAUCAGCAACCUUAGAUGCAGGCAAUGUUAAAUUAACAUAUAAUUCACUUUUAGAAAAGGCUGAAGCAAAAGAAAAAGAACGUCUUAAAGAAGAAAAUAGAAAAUAUAAGAAAUUAGAAACAGCAUUUAAAAAUAUGCUUAAAGAUUUAAAUAUUGAUCAUAAUUUAGAUUAUGAUGAUAUUCGUUCAAAAAUUGAAAGAGAAUCAGAAUUUUUGGCUGUUUCAAAUGAAAGUGAUCGAAUUCAAAUUUAUAAAGACUUCCAACAUGAAGCUGAAGAAUCUUGCAGUCAUUUACAUUCACGUUCAAAAAAAUCCAAAAAGUCGAAAAAGAGUAAGAAACGUUCGAUGCGUUCAGAAAGUGAACACAGUUCAAGUCAUAAUACCAGCUCCGAUAAAGAGAUAGUCUCACCGAUGGUCGAAGAUGAUCGUAGUACUACUAAGCACAGUAAAAGUUCGCGAAAACAAAAACAUAAAAGCAGGAAACGAAGUAGAUCGCAAUCGUUGGCUAGUCGUCGUCGAAACAGUAAUGGCGAUUACAGUUCCGAAUCACCCGAGUCCCCGUCAAGGAGCCAUCAUCAUCAUCGUGCAUCUUCGCCACCAUCUGCAUCGGUAUUACCUACACGUGGUGAAGGAGAGUUGUCUGAAACGGAAUUGGAAAAGCAACGGGCAUUGUUACUUGCACAAUUAAAAGAACCCGAAUCAGAGUGAAUAGUAACGAUUCCAUUUUUUUACUCAAUUGUGUAUUGACACUAAAAUAAAAUAU